AUGGCCAGCGUCCUCUUCGACAGCUACCAGCAAUGGGCCCGCAAGAUGGACGUCGUGCUCAUGGACUGGGUCGACCCCACGCUGCGGUACCGCCAGUCGCCCAUGCAGAGCUACUUCCUGGCCGACUUUGGCACAGUCUUUGCGCUCUGCGUCGGCUACCUCACCUUUGUUGUCGUGGGCACGCUCGUGAUGAAGUCGGGUGUACGUGCGCUCAACACAGCGCCCCUGCAAUUUGUCUACAACCCCAUUCAAGUCGUGCUGUGCUCGUACAUGACUGUGGAGGCGAUCCUCCAGGCCCGUCGCCACAACUACUCAGCUACUCCGUGCAAUGCCUUUGACCACGAGCACCCGGUCAUGGGGAACUUGAUGUACAUCUUCUACCUGUCCAAGGUGCUGGACUUCUGUGACACUUUCUUUAUUAUUAUGGGCAAGAAGUGGAAGCAACUGUCCGUGCUGCACGUCUACCACCACGUCACCGUGUUCUUUUGCUACUGGGCCAACUUUCGCACGUCGUAUGACGGCGACCUUUACAUGACCAUCGUGCUGAACGGUGGCGUACACGCGAUCAUGUACAUGUACUACUUCGUGAGCUCGCACACGCGCAAGAUCUGGUGGAAGCCAUACUUGACGACAGUCCAAAUGAUCCAGUUCCUGCUCAUGAACGCGCAAGGCUACCUCAUGGUGUCGCGCUCGUGCCCGGGCAUGCCGUACAAGAUCUCCGUCAUGUACCUCAUCUACGUGCAGUCGCUCUUCUGGCUCUUCAUGAAUUUCUUUAUAGUCAACUACUGUCUGACCUCGAGGAAGCCUGAGUCGGUCGAGGCGGAGAAGAAGAGGGUGUAA